CACACCCAACCCAACCCCGAGCACCCUGUUCAUCCAUGUGUGGCAGCAGCAAGAGUAGAGUCUCCUGGUUGAGAGAAAGCUAAUUGUGAACACUCUGCCACCAUCUCCCUGAGAAGACACAACCUAGAGGUAGACAAGAUGGCCUGGUGGAAAGCCUGGAUGGAACAAGAGGGUGUCUCAGUGAAGGGCAGCUCCCACUUCAACCCAGAUCCUGAUGCAGAGACUCUCUACAAAGCCAUGAAGGGGAUCGGGACCAACGAGCAGGCCGUCAUCGACGUGCUCACGAAGAGAAGCAAUGUGCAGCGGCAGCAAAUUGCCAAGUCCUUCAAGGCACAGUUUGGCAAGGAUCUCGUGGAGACCUUGAAGUCAGAGCUGAGUGGCAAAUUUGAGAGGCUCAUCAUAGCGCUCAUGUACCCGCCAUACAGAUACGAAGCCAAGGAGCUACAUGAUGCCAUGAAGGGCAUGGGAACCAAAGAGGGUGUCAUCAUUGAGAUCCUGGCUUCUCGGACCAAGAACCAGCUGCGGGAGAUAAUGAAGGCCUAUGAGGAAGACUAUGGCUCCAAUCUGGAGGAAGACAUCCAAGCAGACACCAGUGGCUACCUGGAGAGGAUCCUGGUGUGCCUCCUACAGGGGAGCAGAGAUGAUGUGAGCGGUUUUGUGGACCCAGGCCUAGCCAUCCAAGAUGCACAGGACCUGUAUGCAGCAGGUGAGAAGAUUCAUGGGACUGAUGAGAUGAAGUUCAUCACCAUCCUGUGCACGCGCAGUGCCACACAUCUGAUGAGAGUGUUUGAGGAAUAUGAGAAGAUUGCCAACAAGAGCAUUGAGGACAGCAUCCGAAGUGAGACCCACGGCUCUCUGGAGGAGGCCAUGCUGACAGUUGUGAAAUGCACCCGGAACAUCCACAGCUACUUUGCAGAAAGGCUUUACUACGCCAUGAAGGGAGCGGGGACUCGUGAUGGGACCCUGAUAAGAAACAUUGUUUCUCGGAGCGAAAUUGACUUGAAUCUUAUUAAGAGCCAGUUCAAGAAGUUAUAUGGCAAGACUCUCAGCAGCAUGGUCAUGGAAGACACCAGUGGUGACUAUAAGAAUGCCCUGCUGAACCUGGUGGGAAGUGACUCAUGAAGCCUCAGCAUGACACAAGCAAAGGCCAAGAAAGUAGAAGCAAUGGUCCUGCUUUCUCAACAUUGGCCAUGGAUGGGGGGGGGCAGGGGGCAGGGGCAGGGAAUCAUAAGAAAACUUUCAGUCUUCUAUCUCUAAGUUUCCAGAGCCUUCCAAUCUUCUUUUCUCACCCAAAAGGAAGAGGUCCUCCCAUAGCCAUCUUACCAAGUUAAUUCUAGAUAUGAAUACUUGCCAAUCUUAGCAUUUUUGUGGACCAACAAAUAGCAUAGCAGGAAGUGGUCUUCAUGAGCUCUUGAACCUUUCUUCUUCCCUACAGAGGAACCUCUCAAGUUUGACCACAGAGUCACCUGGGAGCAAGUCAGCCAUAUGUCCUGCCCCUCCAUCCUCCUCCUCUCACCCCCACUACUAAUCAAGAUCUGCAAAUGAAAGAUCAAAGAAUAAGGAAUUUAAAUAAAUAUCUCAACUUCUCUACCAGGUGACCAGUGAGAAGGCUGUGAAAGCCUGUUUAUUUCAGAGUUAAGACAAAGAAAACAUGUAUCUAGGCCAACUAGGUAUUACUAACAUUCAUCUCCAGGCUUCAUCUUGAAUUAUUAAGCAAUAGGUAGAGGAAAAAUCACCUUGCGUCCUAAAAAUUGAGAAAGCUGCAAAUCCAUGCCAUGAUGCUAGGACACUGUUCUUUAAAUGGCUCAAGCUAUUCCAGUCAAUAAUCAUAUUAAUUUUCUUUCCUUCUGGAACACAGGCACAGAGCAUCUUUUAUCCUGACCGAAUGGCAAAGGGAAUUGUUUGUGGGACAAACAGAUACCUGUGCUGUAUAUUUCAGAAUAAUAAAGAUUUGUACAUUCCA